AUGUCAGUAAUUACAAAUAUUGAAAUUGAAAAGAAAUUCUUUGACUUUUACGAUGGUGAUGAUAAUGUUUUUUAUUCAAAAGAGUAUGAAUUAUUCUUGAGUUUAUGUAAUAGUAAUAUAUACGCAUUCAAAGUAGAAAAUAAUAAUAAUUAUAAUAUUUUUAAAUUUAAUAUUUUGUAUCCAACAUGUGUAUUAGAAUCUUGUGUAGAUAUUGAUGAUGUGAAAGAGUUUUAUCAUAAAAAAUAUUUAAACAAGUAUUGUAUAUCUUUAUUUAGUAGCAUAAGACUGUUUUAUUAUUCUAAUAAAAAUAUAUUUUUAUCCACUGAUGAUAAUAACAUACACCAUUAUGUUUUAAUGCUAAAUGAUGAAAUACAAGAAGAUUAUAAAAAUGAGAAUAAAGAAAUAGAAAGAGAAGAAAAGGAUAUUUAUUUAUAUGAUCAUAAAGAAAAUGAAGAAAAACAUUUAUAUUCUUAUAGUUAUAAUUGGGUAUAUUUAAAAAAAGUGAAAAUAUGGAAAUCUUUGAAUAUUGUUAUAUCAUGUUUUCAUUUUAAUGAAGUAGAAUAUAAAAAAUUAGUUGUUGGUUAUAAUAAUGGUUUAAUAAAUGUAUAUAAUUUAGAUACAUAUAAAUUAAAAAUAUCUUAUAAAAUACAUAAUAGUAGAAUUACAAGUUUAAAAAUGUAUAAAAAUUUUAUUCUCAGUUCAGAUAUAACAAAAAAUAUUUUUAUAUAUGAUUCAGUUAAAGGUGAAAAAAUUAUCUCGUGUGAAGAUCAUAUGAGUGGAAUAAAUGAUUUUCUCUUUUUAGCUAUUCAAAAUGAUUCCAUUAAAGAGAAAAAAAAUGAUGAAAAUGUUAAAAAUGGUGAAGUUGAAGAUAUUAAAAAUGAGGAAGAUGAAAAAUUGAUUGGUUUUAUAAGUAUUGGUAAUGAUAAAAUUAUGAAUAUUUGGAAUCUUAAUAUGUUAAAUUCAAAUGAAGAAGAAAUUGAAAAUUUAACGAAAAAAAAUAAAAAUAACAAAAAAAAUAAAAAAAAUAAAAAUAGUAAUUUAAUUACAUUUAAUCCAAUAAAACAAAUUUAUUUAAGUAGUGAUAUAAACAGUGCAAUAAUAAUACCAUCCAGUAUUUUUAAAAAUAAAAAAAGCAAAAUAACAAUAAAUGAUGAAAAUAUAAAAUGGCUAAUAUUAACUCAUGAUGAUAAAGGAAACUUACUUUUUUAUAAUCCAUUAAAAGGAGAUAUAAUAUAUAAAUUUAAAGAAAAUAAAAUGUUAAUUAAUGAAAGUAACAUAAAAAAAUUUUUUCUUUUAAAAAAUGAACUAUAUAUAUUUAGGGUGGAUAGUUCUAUAUUAAUAUAUGAUAUAAGAAACUUCAAAUUGAUCAAUAAUUAUAUAUGUAAACUUGAAGGUAUGUUUGAAAUUUUAUUUUUUGAUCCUUCCUAUAAUGAAGCAUUAGAUGAAAAUUACAAAAGCGAAAAUGAGGAAAUAAUAGAUAAGAAAUAUGAUUAUAAAAAUAAAAAAAAAAAUGCUGUAGCUUUAAUAGGUGAUAAUAUAAUCAGAAUAUUAAAAUUUGAAAAUAUAAUUAGUCAAACAUUAUUGAUUGGUCAUGAAGAUGUUGUGUCAUGUAUUAAGUUAAAUGAAAAAAAUAAUCUUUUAUUUAGUGCAUCAACUGAUAAAAAUAUUUUUGUAUGGAACUUAAAAAGUAAUGAGUGUUUAUAUAUAUUAAAAGAUAAUUUAUACCCUAUUAAUUCAAUUGAUGUCAACUUAAAAAAGUUUCCUCUUAUAGUACUUGUAAGUGUAUGUGAAGAUAAUAGUUUAAAGUUAUGGAAAUUUACAAUUGAAUUAGAUAAUAUUAAAAAUAAUAAAAAAAAAAGAAAAUUCGAUGAAAAUUUUAAUGAAAAAAAACAAAUUAUUCAGAGUAGUUUGACUAUAUAUCCACAUAAACUUUUAAUUAAUGAUGUAGCUUUAUCUCCCAAUUCUAAAGUUAUUGCUACAUGUAGUAAAGAUAAAACUAUAAAAUUAUUUGAAACUAAAAAUUUAAAAUUAAUAAAAACUUUAGAUGGUCAUAAAAAAUCUGUUCAAAAUAUUUUUUUUUCAAAAAAUGAAAAUAUUUUAUACAGCAACUCAUAUGAUUGUAUAAGAGUGUGGAAUCUUAGUAAUUAUACAUGUGUAAAAAGUAUACAAAGUUUUGAUUUUAAUAUAACGAGAAUAUUAAUUUUAAAUGAUAACUGUAUGAUAAAUGGAUACAGUAAUGGUAAUAUUAGCAUAAUAAAUAUUAAGAAUUGUGAAAAAUUAUUGACAACAAAUUAUCAUAAAGAUAAAAUAUUUUGUUUAAAAAAUUAUGAUAAUAGUAUAGUAUCUGCCUCCAUCAAUGGAGAAUUGAUAUUUUUUAAAAACACAAGUGAAGAAAUAGUUACAGAAAACAUAUAUGAAAAAAGAAAGAAUAUUUUUUAUGAGAAUUGUUUAGAAAAUUUAUUAAAAGAAAAAAAGAUAAAUGAAUCUUUAUUGAUUUGUUUAAAAUUAGAUAAAAAGUUUAAAUUUAAAAGUAUCAUAGAAAAUUAUUUAAAUUAUUACACUUUUUCAAUUUUAAAUAUACUAAAAAAAUUUGAAUAUGAAUAUGGUAUAAAGAAAAUAAACGAAAAAAAUAUUGUGAAAAAGGAGAAAAAUGAUGAAAGUAUAUAUUCUCUUAAUCAAUCAUUAAUAAAUCCUGAAAGUAAGAAUAGUGAAAAACAAACAAGUAAUGUAAUAUGGAAUGAAAAUAAUGACAAAAAUUUAAAUGAUGAUAAUUUUGUUAGUAAUAUUCAGAAUUAUAUAGAAAAUUCUGAUAUUUUAGAAAAUUAUGUUUAUAAUGAGUUAUCAAAAUUAUCAAGCAAAAACGAAUCGAAAGAUUUGAAAAAAGAGGAAAAUACUCAAAAAGAAAAAAUAAAAGAAGAAAAUGAAGAUAAAAAAAGUAAUAUAUUUAUAAAUCAAUUAGAUGAUGAUAAUAAUUUUGUUUUAUUUUUAAAAAAAAUAAAAGAAAAAAGUGAACAUUCAUAUUUCUUAUAUCUAAAUAAAUUAAUGGAAUACAUUACAUUUUUUGUUAUGAAUCAUAGGUAUGCAUAUAUAUCAAAUUUUCUUUUAAAUAGUUUAAUUAAAUAUAUAGAUUAUUCAGAUAUAUGUAAAAUUAAUAAUUAUCAACAUUUUUUUGAAAUCUAUAACAGUUAUAUACCUAGGCAUAAAAAUAGAUACUUAAAAUCAUUACAAAAAUCUAAAUGUUUUGAAUUAAUUAAUAUAAAUUAUUAUAAAGGUGAUAUAAAAAUGAUGAGCUGA